CUCUGUUGCUCAGUCACGCGGUAAAGACGAAAAUAAAGUGGUGGUUCCUCUGAGUUACAAUUAUUUUCUUCAUCGGAGCAGAAGGGGCGUAAAUGUUUUCAUGCUCAUUUUAAAAUCUGAAUAAGAACACAUCUACGUUGUAAAUUGCAAGAGGAUUCACAAUUGCAGUAGACUGGUCAGGACAACCUCAUUGCUGAUGGUUUGGUGUGAGCGGUCCUAUCUACCCCGUACUUGCCACCUGUUGAAUAAGAGCCAAGACGAACUGUGUCAGCGAAACACAGCGGAUGGAGGACUUCAUUCACUAUAAUGAACCAUAUGGCAGCAUCUAAACCUGAGUCAGAGAGAUGCCAGCUCUUACAUGAGUGUAGUACCCGAGUGACUCUGAGGACAUGGUGAGCUCCCAAGAUCCCCAGAUGGCUGUAACCGGAGGAACCUCUCAUAGCCACUCCCCCAUGAUCAUAAUGAACAACAUUCUUUUGAAUCAGCCAAGCCCACUGUCUCCAGUUCAGUCCUGGGGCCUCCCCUCGUCCCUGGAUGUGCUCCCUCAGUCCCCAGUGGUCCUCCUCCAGUCCAUGGUGAAUAGCAACAGCAACAAUACCAGUAACAAUGAUUACAGGACCUCUCCCAAGAGUUCCUCCGACAAGCACUCAAGGACGACAUACCUGACAAAACCGAAAACAUAUCCUAAAAUCUGCCCUCACCCAGAGGGCUCCCACAGGAGGCAGGGGGCCUCCUCUGUUGACAGGGGGACAAUUACUGAGUUUCACGGGAGACGCCACCGGUGGCAUCAUCAACAGAAAGACAAGCUGUACAGCCAGCCUAGCUCCCAGCCAAGGCCUCCGACAGCCCUCCAAACAAGGGCCAGCUUAGAGGCUGGAGACACCCAGACAGAGCUGACCAGCUAUGAAGACUUGACACUUUCUCAGUUUCUAGACAGGCCUCGGUCCCUGGAUACAGUGGCCGUUGCUUUCAUAUCAGACAAAGUUGCUUCUGCGCCAGAGGCGAGCAGUUGUCCGGGUGACCAGGACAUCGGCCCAGAUGGACGCUCCACAGACAACCACAAAGUGAAGCGCUUCAGCAACACUUAUAACAUCUUGAAGAACUCGGGACUGCUCGACAUAACGCUGCGGACCAAGGAGCUGAUCCGGCAGAACCAGUCCACCGAGGGCCAGCUGCAGCAGUUGCAGGAGGAGACUGAUUUGUUUGUGGAGGCCUUGAGCAGCGGCGACCCCCUGAUCUGGACUAGGCUCCAGCAGACCCUUCAGAGAGACACGUGCUCCGCUAGGGGUUGGGAGGGGCAGGGUCUGGCCAUGGAUCCACGGGGUGUCCUGGAAGAAGAACGUAGGAGAGACUCAUGAAAGGCACUCAUGCUGUAGAAAGGUUCAAAUCGAAAAUCCCUAUACCUUGAACUAGGGCUGGCUAUCGGCACUGAUCCCCCGUUUUGAUUUUGAUUCUUAUUUAAUUUGGAUAUAGUGAUAAUUACUAUACCAAUAUUACUUACGAGAGAGAUUCUCUGAGAAUGAAGGCUGUGAUCUGCACAGGGAACCCUCUAGCUUAUAUGACAUGGUAGAUUACUAAAGAUGAAAAUCUUAAACAUGGACGACCAGUCCUGAAACAUUACAUUUGAACUGCUUUUUAUUUAACAAAAUAACCCAGAAUAAAUAUCAAUAAUUAAAAACAGAAAGUACUUAAUGUAUGAACAACUAUGAAAUAAUUGCAAAUUAGCUGAGGCUCUGACUUGUCUUUCAAAAUAGAGCAUGUUGUUCCAGAAAAGUGCACUUCAAUGACAAUAAAUAAAAACGACUCCUAUUGCAUAUGAACACAGUGUAAAACUGCUGCCAACCGUUCAAAUGAACGAUAACAUUGAAUUGAGUCAGUUCAUCACAGGUCUGUUUAACAACACCUCUGUGUGUAUCAUCCCAAUUAAUAAUAAAUCAACUGCUUUCAUUAUUGUACCCUGCAUCCAAUUAUAAUUAUAAAUGUAUUAAUAAUUCUGCCUGGCUUGAUUUAUUUUUCUCUGUGAGUGUAAACCACUGUUGGUCAGAGCACAUAGCUGGAAGGACUGCAUAUAAAACCAUUGAUGUUGUAGAAAUCUGCUGCAAACCGCCCGACUCACAAAAACAUUGUUACAAUCGAGUCAGUAAAGUCAUUCAAAAAGAACGAAUCAUUCACCAACUGCACAUCACUAGUGACCGCAGAGCUGGCUGCUGCUCCAGGAACUGUUCCAGGAUCUCCAGAACACUUCCACCGGAAGUCCAACGCAUCAGUCAGAAACUUCUCUGUAAGCACACGGCUGGCCGUACUGCUGCGUUGAAAAAAGGUUGCAGUGUGCCUGAUCUGACCUAGCAAGUGGUUGAUCACUGGAGGCUUUAGAGCAGCCUGCAAGGGUAAGUUUAAAGUGUGCACAAAACAGGCAACAUGAAGCGGCUCCAUCAGUGGCACAAAGCUAUGGCUUCAAGAUGAAUACCUUCAUCACUAUGUAGAGCAAAUGCAGAGAUUUUAUUGAAAUUGGACCACUAAUUUCUUCCCAGAAGCGCCUCUAGCAUUUUUGGAAGCGUUAACCAGGAUUUGUUUGAUGAUGAUUGCAAGGUCUGUAUUGCUAGGUCAGUUAGUUAGGUUCGUAUUGAGAUGUUGAUGUGCCAGCAACGUUUUUAUGUGUGUUUUUAAAAUAAUUGCCAGCGUAAUGGUGUGUAUUAUGAGGGAAAUUGUGAUUUAAUUUAACAUUUGCUGGCUAUUGUUUUUUUAAUUAGUUUUUUUUCAUAGAGUGAGGUAUACACUACUGUUUUAAAGUUUGGGGUCACUUAGAUAUUUCCCUGUUUUUUAAGGAAAAGCUAGAUUUUUGUCCAUUAAAGUAACAAACUUUAUCAGAAAUACAAUGAAGAUAUUGUUAAUGUUGUAAAUGACCAUUGUA